ACAAUUUCUCUUCUUAUCUCCAAACUUAUAAUAACUCUCUCCAACCUUCUCAUAUAUUUUCUAAACAUCAAAUUCCAAAAUUUCAAAGCAAUUCACUUUUUAACACACAACAAAGUAAUGUCUGCAGAACAAGUUCUAACGUUGUUAGAUUCCUUCUGGUUUGAAACCACAAUUCUCACCAACAAAAACCCUUCAAAUUCUCACACAAAACUAGAACAAACUCUUCCUCAUCAAGAAGACACAAACCUCUUAGUUCCAUCUCAAAAUCUAGAUGUUAGGUUCUAUAGUGAACAAAACCUGAGUUUCACAGGCUCAGUUUUCUCUGAUUCCCCAUCACCAAAUUCUGUCCUCACCUCAUCCAAGCUUCGAACAAUCCCUUCCGAGAGAGAAAUCAUAGAGUUCUCAAAUGGGACAAACACCGAAAAGAAAGAUAUAAACAACAACAAAAAACAGAGCAACGUUCAUAGUCAGAGAAGAAGGAGAAGGAAAAGUAGGAGUUUAUCAGAGCUUGAGUUUCAAGAGCUGAAAGGGUUUAUGGAUUUGGGUUUUGUGUUUUCUGAGGAAGACAAAGAUUCAACACUGGCUUCAUUGAUACCUGGUUUACAAAGACUAGGAAAAGAAGAAGAAGAUGAUGAUGAAGAACAGAAGAAGAUUGUAUCUGAUGAGAAGCCUUAUUUAUCUGAGGCUUGGGAUUUGGUGGACCUAAGGGGGAGAAGAAAUCCAUUGGUGAAUUGGAGGGUACCUGAUAAGGGUAGUGAAAUUGAUAUGAAACAUAAUCUGAAAUUCUGGGCUCAUACAGUUGCAUCCAUUGUUGGUUAGAUAACAUUGAAUGACCAUACAAAGUUGUGAUUUUCUUGUGGAAGUUCUUAGUACAAACUUGUUUCAUGUAAUUUUAGAUUUUAACUAAAAUAAAUCAAUGUACAUAUUUUUAAUGUUUUUCUUAGA